AGAAGAGCUGCAGGACGGUGAGCAGUGGAUGUUUGGUGUUUGUAAGUGAAAUGAAUCAGUUGUAAAGGUAAUCAUGGAUGAAGUGACUGGAGCUCAACUCAUCGCUGCUGCGCUGAAAGAUCAGAAUGUGGAGUACAUGUUUGGCAUUGUUGGUGUGCCUAUCAUUGAGGUGGCCAUGGCUGCUCAAGCGGCUGGCAUCAAGUACGUUGGCAUGCGCAAUGAACAAGCAGCCUGCUACGCUGCAUCUGCUAUUGGAUAUUUGACUGGACGGCCAGCUGUUUGUCUAGUGGUGUCUGGGCCUGGCCUGAUUCAUGCGCUAGGAGGAAUGGCUAAUGCUAACGUGAACUGCUGGCCUGUCAUUGUGCUUGGUGGCUCAUCAGAUAGGAAUCAAGAAACCACAGGAGCAUUUCAGGAGUUCCCUCAGGUUGAAGCUUGUCGUUUGUAUAGCAAAUUUUCUGCUCGACCCAGCAGCCUUGAGAUGAUCCCGGCUGUAGUUGAAAAAGCUGUAAGGAGCAGUAUUUAUGGCCGUCCAGGAGCGUGCUACAUUGACAUAGCUGGGGACAUGGUUAAUGCCAAAAUAGACCGGGCCAGUGUCAGGUUUGUUUCCUGUUGUCCCGCUCCUCCUGUGAGUCAGGCUGACAGCAGGGAGAUCACACAGGCUGUCAGGCUCCUCAAAACAGCUCAAAGUCCUCUGAUCAUCAUUGGCAAAGGUGCUGCAUAUGCCAGGGCAGAGAAGGAGGUAAGGGAGCUGGUGGAGGUCACUGGGAUCCCAUUCCUUCCCACACCAAUGGGGAAAGGAGUCCUACCGGAUGACCAUCCCAACUGUGUUGCUGCAGCAAGAUCCAGAGCUCUGUUGCAGGCUGAUGUUAUAGUGCUGCUGGGUGCCAGACUCAACUGGAUCCUACACUUUGGCUUUCCACCCAGAUUCAGUGCCAAUGUAAAGAUCAUUCAGGUGGAUCUGUGUGCUGAAGAGUUGAGCAAUAACGUGAGAGCUGCAUCUGCUCUGCUUGGAGACAUAAAGAUGGUGACCAGCCAGCUGUUGGAGACUGUAAGAUCAGAGUCUUGGAGAUUUCCUUCUGAUUCACUGUGGUGGGCGACACUGAGGGAGAAAAUUACUGCCAAUGCUCAGAUAACAAAGACUCUUUCUCUGCAGACGACUUUGCCCAUGAACUACUACACUGCGUUUCACCACAUUUCAGAGUUUUUGCCUAAAGACUGCAUCAUAGUGAGUGAGGGAGCAAACACUAUGGACAUCGGCCGCACCAUGUUGCUCAAUCACCUCCCUCAGCACAGGUUAGAUGCUGGUACUUUCGGCACAAUGGGUGUAGGUCCAGGCUUUGCCAUCGCAGCAGCAGUUCUAGAGCAAGCGCAAAGAACUGGCCAAAGAGUGGUGUGUGUAGAAGGUGACAGCGCUUUCGGCUUCUCCGGCAUGGAGGUGGAGACCAUGUGCAGGUAUAAACUGCCCAUCAUCAUCAUUGUAAUCAACAACAAUGGCAUUUACAGUGGAGUGGAUCCAGAGACAUGGAAAGCAAUAGAAAAGAUGGGAGACAUGACCACCAUAGCUCCUCCUGUGACCCUGUUGCCUGAGGCACGGUACGAUCAGGUAAUAAGCGCGUUUGGUGGUCAUGGGUAUCUGGUUCGUACAGUGGAGGAACUGCGCACUUCUCUACAGGACAGUCUAAAGAACACACAGAUGCCCAGCCUUCUCAAUGUACUUAUAGACCCAACUUCAGAUCGCAAACAACAGGAGUUUCCCUGGCUGACACGUUCAAAUCUUUAAAAGCUGAAAGGAAGAGGAUGAAAUCACAUCAUGUCUCAACUGAGGACUUUAUGCUGUACUUACACUACAUUUGGUCGAUUUACUGCAGGUGGCACCAUUUCCUAUAUAAAGAAACCGUUAUUAAAAAACAGAAUCAUUUAAGGAUCUGAAGUGAACUUCCACAUUCUAGAUCUUUAUGUAAAUACAUAACAUGCGUAAUUCUCACCAUUCAUGUCAUUCCAAAGCUGCAUGACUUUGCUUUUCUGGUGUCAUAAAAGUAAUUUGUUUUUGAAGAAUUGCUUUAGCACAACAUCAAUUCAUGCAGUUUUAUGAGAACUAUUAAUAAAUCCUGGAAACAAGUUCAGUCACCCAGAAGUCAGUGGGCUUUUUGAAAGGGUUAAGUAGUUAAAUGCCUGAUAAAGCUCAAAAUAUUUAUAUAUGUUGUAGAUAUUUUUUUACUCGUGAUUAUUUGACAAAUUUGUAUUAUUUAAUAAAUUUAAAUCAAUGUUGUUUUAAACUCUUUUACUCGUUAUCCCACUUUUACAGUCAAUCAAAACACAUAAAAAAAUUUAACCUGCAACAAAACAUGUAAACAAAUUUUCAGUCCCAAGGUUUAUUUCCUGCUAUAAUCAAAAGGCAGUGAAGUUUCACAAGAUGUAACUGUAAAAAAGCCCCAGCAUGGCUGUUUUACUGAGACACUGUUCACAAUAAUUACUAUUAUAUUUUUCGGUAACACUUUAUUUUGAUGGUCCGUUUGUUGAAUUUAAGUUACAUUGCAUCUACAUGCCAACUAAUUCUUAUUAGAUUAUAAGUAGACUCUUAGGUUGGGGUUAGGGUUAGUGUAAGUUGACACGCAAUGAUAUGACAUUUCAAAGUUUCUUAUAGUCAGUUAAAUGUCUGUUGAAGGAGCAUAUAAACAGAAAUUAAGCAGACAGUCUUCUAAUACUCAAAUGGACCAUCAAAAUAAAGUGUUACUAUUAUUAUAGCCCUGUUAAGUUUUUUUUCCCCUAAAUGGCUACAGAGCAAUCCUGUCCAAUGAUUUGCCUGGUUAACCUAAUUAAACUAGUUAAGCGUUUAAAAUGAAGCUGAAUACUAGUUUAUUGCAAAAUAACUAAUAAAAUAGUGUGUAUACUAUCAUCAUGGCAAAGUCAAAUAGAAAUUUUAAUUGUAAAUAUUAAAACUAAUUGGAAAUAUUAAAACUAUUAUAUUUAAAAAUUAAAAAAAAAAUUAAAAAAACAUUUCUGUAAUGAAAAAAAAAUCUCUCUACUAAAAUAAAUAAAUUCACAGAUGGGCUGUGUAUCAGAAUCAUGGUUUUCCAUGGUAAAAGGCAGCAUCAAGAGUCUUCAAAAUACCCCUUUUAAAUCCACAGAAGAAAGUGACACAAUUUUGGAAUGACAUGAGGUUGGUUAAAUGUAAACUAUGACAGGAUUUUGUGGUGAAUUUGUAUUUUCUUUAAAAAAAAAAACACAUACAAUGUUUUAAAACACCCAAUUAAGGAACAUUUUACAGCUAGGACUAUGUAUAUUUGAUUAUUUUAUAAAUAUAUAAAACCUUCUAA